AUGACAGAAUUGGAAAUAAAUUUGAACAAAUUCGAGAUGCAGGCUUUUAUAAGAAGCCAGGAUUUUCCUCAAAGCAAUCCACAGACAACAGUGAUCCUUCUAGUGAAAAGAAACUACCCAACAGCAGCAACAAUCAACAACUGCAACAACAAUGAUCAAAAUCUUUCCGAUUUUAAUAAAAAGAAAUUAAAGAGCUGUUAUGCUAACCAUUUGUAA